AUGGCGACUCCCAAAUUCCGCCACCAGGGACCCUUAGAAGUAUGGUCAUUGAGGGAAAGACUUGCACUGGCCUGUUCUGUACUGAGAAGUGGUGACCAGAACUGGGUAUCAGUAAGCAGAGCUAUAAGACCAUAUGGUGAAGCCCAUCGCACACCAGAGAGUUUCUCUCAGAAGAACUGUGCAUUGCAGUAUGCAGAAUUACUUGAGAAGGCAGAAACACCAAAGCGGAAAAGGGGUGAUCGAGGGGAGAUUGAGACGCCAGGAAUACAGAUCAUCCGUAAGCUUAGUAUUGAACGGAUGGAAGAGUUAAAGAAGAAAGUCACAGAACAGCAACAAAGAUACAAGAAGCUAAAAAAAGAAAUGGAGAGCAUUAGAUCAGGACAGAUGGAUGAUAAAUUAGGGGAAAUAUGGCAACAGAUGCAGAUGGAGAAAAAAGCUGCAGAGGAGGCCAAACAAAUGGAAAGGAAGCUGGCAGAGGAGGCCGAAGCAAACAAACCCCGUAAAGGAACAGUGAGUCGACUGUUUGCUGAACAAGGGAAUACCAUGGUGGAUGUGGAGAACAUUAAACAAGAGCCAAAUACAGAGGCAGCACCCAUUCUGGCCACUGAAGGCCCUUCAAGCUCCUCUGUCAAUCCGUCCUUAACUCUGAAAACUGACAUUACGACUCCAGUAGAGGAAAAGCAAAAGUCUACAGCUGCAUCUGACUUAUUGUCUUCUUUGUUACAAAGCAAGCACUACACAGUCAACCAGUUGGAAGCAGAGCUGAAACAAGAAUUACAUGCCCAACAAUUGGCAGCGAAGGCUGCUAGUAAGACCGCCACCCCACAGGCUCCGCCCAUCAAGGAAGAUGAUGACCCAGCCUCCAGUACAGAGGACUCUUCAUCUUCAUAUGCGACACCGACUAUCCCUAAACUGUUGGAUAAGCCUGGUCAUCAUGGACAGCUCGAUGAGGACACACCUCAGGUUGAUGUGACAAGUGGGGCAACAGACUCCGGUUCUGUUGCUACUGAUGACCCCACAUUAGAUAUCAUGGUUCCGGAGGAGGUGGUGACAGAGGAGGAAGAGGAAGAGAAGAAUGAGAUUACAACAGAGGAAGAUGAAGAUACACGAGACUCGACAAUUGAUGUUAUGAGCAAAGAUGACGAAAUGUCGAUUCACAAAGUGGAAGAUAUUCCGGAGGAUAGUACAGAGUCAGCAGACAUCAACAGCUCUAGUUUUAUCAAUGUGGAUGAUGAGAUUUCCAUCAAAGAGGAGGAGCCACUCUCUCCCACUAGUAGUGUGUCUUCUAAACUCAGCGAGUCAGAUAACUUUAGGAACGUUGUUAGACGACGAGGAAGAGGACGAUCACGUGGAGGUAGGCGGCCAUCAAGGAGACCAAGAAGGGCAUUACAUGAUGAUGAUCGAAAAGAUGAUUCUAUGUCUCGUCUAAGUGAUGGAGACACAACCGAGGAGGACGAUGACCUAGCCUCAAGUUCACUCAACCAGGGAGGGACAUCGGGGACUUUCUCAGAGUCCAUUCCAAACAGUCCUCUUUCUCAUUGUAGUGACACUGAAGAUGAAAAGAACUGGAAAAACUGGAAGAAAUCCAUCAUGCUUGUGUGGAAAUCAGCUGCCAGCCACAAGUAUGCCAAUGUGUUCAUGCAUCCUGUUACUGAGGACAUAGCUCCGGGAUAUUCCAGUAUUGUGUUCAGACCCAUGAAUCUAGGUACAAUUAAGAAGAAUGUGGAAGCUGGCAUCAUUCGGACAACAGCAGAGUUCCAGCGUGAUGUAAUGCUCAUGUUUACAAAUGCCAUUAUGUACAACAGUUCCAAUCAUAACGUGUACAAGAUGGCUGUUGAGAUGUACCAUGAUGUCAUGCAGCACAUCGAGCAAUAUGUGAGCACCCAGCUGAUGGUCCAGUCAACUGACACAAAACAUUUGCGCACGACUCGGCGUGUUGACAACACUAGUGAUAAGGAGGAGGAGGCAAAACGUAGGCGACUUUCCACAGAUACGCACAUACACACAGAGGGCGGGAAAGCAAAGAAACGCAAAACAUGAGGUGACACCUAGUGGAGAAUAAAAGCUUCCUGAUUAUGAAACAAUAACAGGUGUUAAAUUUUAGAAACAACAUCUCAAUGUUUGAAAACAUUUAUGUGCUAAUGUGUAAACAACAUUGAUGAUUAUUGGUGGACUGUAGAUUAAGUUUUGAGAUCUGCUGGAUGUUCUAGAACAUUGAAGUAGCACCACCUACUGGAUGUUUUGGAAAAUUAAAAAAGUAACACCUACAAGAUAUUCUAGGAGGUCUAACUGGAAAUUUUUUGAGAUUUAGGUAGUGACCGCUGUCAGAGAUUUUUUUGAGAUAAUAUUUACUGAAAGUUCUGAAGUUUUUGACAGAAACAUGUAGAUGUUAUUUUGAUUUAAGUGGUGAAACCUGCCAUUGGUAAAGUAAAAUUUAGAGAGGACUUUCAGGAUGAUCAUGGCAAAGGUGGUAUCAUGGGCAAUAUCCUAAAAGCUUUGUGAAAUAUCAGUAUGCUUUGAAUUAGAAUCCUGCAUUGUUUUUCAACUGUCACAAUUAUUCUGCUUGUAAAUUAAGAUGUGAGAAAAAAUCAUGUUUUUAUGCAUAGAUUCCUGUCCAGGUACAUUUGGGUAAAUGGUUAUGUAAGAAAGCCUUUAGUGUUAGUUUUUUUCUGUUAAUGGAUAAAAUCAUCAGGCUGCUUAAAUUUAGAGUACAUAAAUCAUACAUUAUGCCUUCUAUGAUUUCAAAAUUUUAAAACAGUUAUAUUUUCUCUGGACAACAUUUACCUAAAUUAUGAUUUUCAACAAUUCUUUGCAUAACCCAGUGUUAUUUCUACAGACUUCAUGAUUCUCUAUCAUAUUUGACAACUUAUUGUCUUGGUUGUUGAAGCAUGUAUUGCACCGAGUAGCCAGGUUCUGUGACAUCCACAGACUUGUAACAGCUGUUGUGAAAUAAAUAAAGCAAAAAAAAAAAAA